AACUCCCUCUCCCACAAGCAAUCAAACUUCUUCAAACUCCGUAGUCUCUGAAUUUUCAAUCGCAAAGCUUUUCAAACCGUUCGAAUCCUUUGAAAGAAGAUGGCAAGAACGAAGCAAACAGCAAGAAAAUCGACGGGAGGAAAGGCGCCAAGGAAGCAGCUGGCGACGAAGGCAGCAAGGAAGUCAGCUCCGGCGACCGGAGGAGUGAAGAAGCCCCACAGAUUCCGUCCAGGGACGGUGGCGCUGAGGGAGAUCAGGAAGUACCAGAAGAGCACGGAGCUUCUAAUCAGGAAGCUUCCGUUUCAAAGGCUGGUGAGGGAGAUCGCUCAGGAUUUCAAGACGGAUCUUCGGUUUCAAAGCAGCGCCGUCGCGGCUCUUCAGGAGGCGGCGGAGGCGUACCUGGUAGGAUUGUUUGAAGAUACAAAUCUGUGUGCUAUUCAUGCUAAGAGAGUUACAAUUAUGCCUAAGGAUAUUCAGUUAGCUAGAAGAAUCAGAGGAGAGAGAGCUUAAUUUAGGGCAGUUUCUGAAUGGUUGGAAUGGAGUUUAAUGAAAAGUGUUUUUCAGUUUAUGUAUAUUAGAAGGGAACUAGGGUUCUCAUUCUGAAGAAGAGAUUGAAGUUGAAUCUAAACUGUGCUUUAUGGAUUUCUUCUUUAAUUGUGAGUUUUCCUGAA